AUGGCGCCGGCAACUCCGACAAGAACUACGGCUCGACGAGCAUCGAGUCGCACUGCCCCUGUCUCGACAGCUGAGCAGGCUGCUCCGACGCCUGCCUCGUCUUCCACAUCAUCCUCAACCAAGUCGAAGCGCAAAGGUACCGACUCAGCCAAGGCAGUGGAGGACACUACCAUCAAUGGAGCAUCGACAACACCAGCCAAAAAGCCUCGCAAGAAGGCUGUCUCGGACUCAGACUCGCCCAGCGCUCCCAAGCUCGAAGAUACGACCGCAGAUCCCAGCUUGCCCAAGAACACCGAAAUGCCUGCUUCGCUCUCCUAUCCUCGUCCAUCGGCGCCAUCGACUGUUCGCAUCGCCUCAUGGAACAUCACCAGCCUCAAAUCCAGUGAGCCAAAAGGCAUGAUGCGCUACCUCGAAGCGGAAGAUGCCGACAUCGUGGUGCUGUCAGAGACCAAAGUCAACGAUGUGCCAAUGCAUCCUGGUCUCACCAAGAUCUACAAGCAUCAGUAUUGGGGUAUCGGCAAGCAAAAGGGCUACGCUGGUCUUGCUAUUCUUUCCAAGAUUCAACCCAUCAAGGCUGUUUACGGACUACCUGGGCUCAAGGAUCAAGAUACCAAAGGGCGCAUUGUCACGCUCGAGUUUGAGAACAGCUUUCUUGUCGGAACCUACGCUGUGAACGCAGGCGAAGGACUCAAGACCAUGGCAACAAAGCAAGCUUGGAACGGCGCUUUUGCAACCUACCUCGCCGAGCUCGACAGCACUAAACCCGUCAUUUGGUGCGGCGACCUCAACGUUGUUCAGGAUGAGCGAGAUCUGGCCGCUGCCUCCAAGAAGUGGAACAAGAGUCCGGGAUACACGGCCAUCGAAUGCGAUGCUCACCGCGAGCUCCUCCAAGGCACCGCAACUCCAACAUCAAAGCCUCUGGUCGACGUUUGGAGGCAAAAGCAUCCCGAUGCCAUCGGCCAUUACACGUUUUACGGUUGGCGAGGUUUCUGCAGGUCCAAAGGCAUCGGAUGGCGUCUAGAUUCGUUCAUCCUCUCUGAGCGUAUUGCUAGCAAAGCCCUCGAGUGCGAGAUCAGACACGAGUGCUACGGUGCCAGUGACCACGUUCCGAUCUACUGCGACAUCCAAGGUCCUCUCUAG